GAGUGCGCGUGCGCGCUGGGCCGGCUCGCCCGGUUCUGUCCCAAUCAUUGUAAACAGGCGGAGGCUGGGGUGGGGUGGGAAUGGGGCGCCCGAGGCCGGCCGGGGGCGCAGCGCAGGAGGCGGCCGCGGCGGCGGGCGGUCGCGCGGCGGCGGCGCAGGGGUGAUGGGCAGGUAACAGACGGCCUCCUCACUGUCGUCAGGGAGGCAGCAUGACCGAGUGCUUCCUGCCCCCCACCAGCAGCCCCGGUGAGCACCGCAGGGUGGAGCAUGGCAGUGGGCUCACCCGCACCCCCAGCUCUGAAGAGAUCAGCCCCACUAAGUUUCCUGGAUUAUACCGCACGGGCGAGCCCUCGCCUCCCCAUGACAGCCUCCACGAGCCUCCCGAUAUAGUGUCUGAUGAUGAGAAGGACCAUGGGAAGAAAAAAGGAAAAUUUAAGAAAAAGGAAAAAAGGACUGAAGGCUAUGCCGCCUUUCAGGAAGAUAGCUCUGGAGAUGAAGCCGAAAGUCCUUCCAAAAUGAAGAGGUCCAAGGGGAUCCAUGUUUUCAAGAAGCCCAGCUUUUCUAAAAAGAAAGAGAAGGAUUUUAAAAUAAAAGAGAAACCCAAAGAGGAAAAACAUAAAGAAGAAAAACACAAAGAGGAAAAACAUAAAGAGAAAAAGUCAAAAGACUUGACAGCAGCUGACGUGGUUAAACAGUGGAAGGAAAAGAAGAAAAAGAAGAAGCCAAUUCAGGAGCCAGAGGUGCCUCAGAUAGAUGUCCCGAAUCUCAAACCCAUCUUUGGGAUUCCUCUGGCUGAUGCAGUGGAGAGGACCAUGAUGUACGACGGCGUUCGGCUGCCGGCCGUCUUCCGGGAGUGUGUGGAUUAUGUGGAGAAGCAUGGCAUGAAGUGUGAAGGCAUCUACAGAGUGUCAGGAAUUAAAUCCAAGGUGGAUGAGCUGAAAGCAGCCUAUGACAGAGAGGAGUCUCCAAACUUGGAAGAGUAUGAGCCUAACACUGUAGCCAGUUUGCUGAAGCAAUACCUGCGGGACCUGCCCGAGAACCUGCUGACCAAGGAGCUGCUGCCCCGCUUUGAAGAGGCUUGUGGGCGGAGCUCGGAGGGCGAGAAGGUGCAGGAGUUCCAGCGCCUGCUGGAGGAGCUGCCCGAGUGUAACCGUCUGCUGAUCUCCUGGCUGAUCGUGCACAUGGAUCACGUUAUCGCCAAGGAGCUGGAAACAAAAAUGAACAUCCAGAACAUUUCUAUAGUGCUCAGCCCGACUGUCCAGAUUAGCAAUCGUGUCCUAUAUGUGUUUUUCACACAUGUGCAAGAGCUCUUCGGAAAUGUGACACUGAAGCAAGUGACGAAACCUCUGCGAUGGUCUAACAUGGCCACGAUGCCCACACUGCCCGAGACCCAAGAGAGCAUCAAGGAGGAGAUCAGAAGACAGGAGUUUCUUUUGAACUGUUUACAUCGAGAUCUGCAGGGUGGGAUAAAGGAUUUAUCUAAAGAGGAAAGAUUAUGGGAAGUACAAAGGAUUUUGACAGCCCUCAAAAGAAAACUGAGAGAAGCUAAAAGACAAGAGUGUGAAACCAAGAUUGCACAAGAGAUAGCCAGUCUUUCAAAAGAGGAUGUUUCCAAAGAAGAAAUGAAUGAAAAUGAAGAAGUCAUAAAUAUUCUUCUUGCCCAGGAGAAUGAGAUCCUGACUGAACAGGAGGAGCUCCUGGCCAUGGAGCAGUUCCUGCGCCGACAGAUCGCCUCGGAGAAAGAAGAGAUGGAACGCCUCCGAGCGGAGAUCGCCGAGAUCCAGAGCCGCCAGCAGCACGGCCGCAGCGAGACCGAGGAGUACUCAUCGGAGAGCGAGAGCGAGAGCGAGGACGAGGACGAGCUGCAGCUCAUCCUGCAGGACCUGCAGCGGCAGAAUGAGGAGCUGGAGAUCAAGAACAACCACCUGAACCAGGCGAUUCACGAGGAGCGUGAGGCCAUCAUCGAGCUGCGGGUGCAGCUCCGCCUGCUCCAGCUGCAGCGCGCCCGGCCUGAGCCCCAGGCCGAGCCCGAGCCUGUCGCCAGGGAGCCGCCCCCGGGCGGCAAGGAGCAGCCCCGGCCGUCGCCCAGCAGGGACAGGAAGGAAACGCCCAUCUGAGUGCCACCCGCCCGCGAGCAGCGGCCUGGAGCCCCGUCAGCGCCGCCUCUGCUGUCCCCACUGUAAAGACGCCUCCUCCACGCAGGUGGUGCUCAGCGCAGGUGACACGAGGACAGAGCGGCACGCGGUGCGGGCUUGUCGGGCACAGAUGAGUUUCCAGCUAGUGUCAGCUUCUUUGAAGAUUAAUUUCCUUUGUUAACUUAAAAUAACUAUUUUAACCCUU